GGUUUUUGCUGGAUGGAUCAGGACGCACUCGAGGACGAGCUCUUCCAGAUUGCGGAUGCGCUGCGGCCCAUCGUCUGCAGAGAGUCGUUCGACUGGCAAGGCAUGGCAGACGGGAGCUUGCUGAUGGACGAUUCCGACAACGACGAUGAUGAAGACAUUGAUGAUGACGAUGACGACGACGACGACGACGACGACGACGACGACGAGUACGGCGAGAUGGACGAAAUGGACGUGAGCGACCACGAUGAACAUGAUGAUGACCAGCGAGCACAGCGCUUGAUCGCGCGCAUGCGCUCCUUGGCUGCUGGAACGGCCAGCGCUGGAGCUCAAUCGAGCAGAGACGCAUUGACUGCGACUGCGGCAGGUCGUGCAGCGGGCGGCGGCGCACAGCACGCCAGGCAACGGCGCGGACGGCGAUGGCGCCACGAGGACGAGGACGAGGACGACCACGACCGAGAUGAGGAUGACGAUGAGGACGACGAUGGCGACUCAAGCGACGUCCAGCAUGACGACAAUGACGACAACGAACGCGACGCUGAGGAUCUUGAUGGCGACGCGGACGACCAAGAAGACCUCGAGAGUGCUUCAAGCCAAUCGUCCCUUGACGAUGAUGAUGAUGAUGACGACGACGACGACGACGACGACGACGACGAAGCCAGCCUGCCAGAAUGGGUCAUUGAACCAAUAGUGCAGCCUCCGUCGCACGGCAGGAAUAGUGUCAACAGGCAUGCUUCGAGGAGGCCAGGGUCAGGAUCAAGAUCGCGGCAACGACAAAGGCGGCCAGAGCCUGCAGAUGCCAUUCCCUUACUCACCAGAUUGAGUGAACUCCUGGAAGCCGCUGAGGAAGACUUUCUCCGAUUGGCUGUUGAGCCUUUGCAAGAUCGUGAACGAUUUGCCAUUGGAAGAGCUGGCGUAGCUCUGGACGAGCACGAGGAUGUGUGGAAUGAUCUCAUCAACGGUCCCAACUUUUUCUACAGCUCCGACCCGACCAUCGCCAUGGUGGCCUUCCGCGCGACUUGUGCAUUGAUGCGUACGACAAGAGUCGAAGUGUUAGACACGGUGGAUUUUGUGGAAAAGGUCCAGCAAAACAUUGCCUCCGAAGACAGUCACGCCCAACUCUUUGGUUUGCUUCUUUUGGAACUCGUCUUGUAUGAUCGCCACAUUCGGGAAAGCUUUUUCGUUGGGUCUGAAAUGUUUUCUACUGUGAUGACACGCAUCAAGGAGCAGGCCGUGACCUUUUCGAGAGAUCGAGCAGACGCUCUUUCCGCCGCCAGCACUCCGAAUGUGCCACGAGCGUCCACGAGCGAACGCGGUGUGACCGCCGCAGUCAGUAGCUCGCUGCCCAAUUCUUCUUCGAUCUUUGCUCAAGCUGCAGCGGAGGCAGCGGCAUCCAGCAGUUCAUCGGCUCCGCCAAAUGCACUUGAACUCCCUGUCGCGUCACCGAGAGCGCCACGCUCGCCGCGUAUUCCCCAUCCGAGAGUCGGCGGCGCCUUGAAUGCUGCAAGUGCCGCUGUGCCGUUUGAACCUGCGUGGCUAACGCGCCUCAAAGGGCAGCAACAGCAAGGCAGUCCGGCGCGUGCGUCUGGAUUGUCGGGAUUGGCUCCACCGGCGCUCUCUGCAGCUGCCUCCAGCUCUGCUGCGUUGCCUGAAUUUACCAACCAGCGGAUGCUUUUGGCGCUGCUUGGCUGCUUUGCGGCCCUGGCCGAAUAUCAAGAGUCGGUUGAAGCCGCCAGCGCGGUCAAUGUGCUCGAAACUCUGCUCGUUCUGUUGCACACGGGACGCAACAACAAGUAUGUGGUCAACGCUUUGCUCGCGGCUUUAGCUGCCUUCUUGCUGCACAAAAAGUUUGCCACCGAGUUUAUCGAGUGCGGCGGACUCCAGCUGCUGUUGGAGCUUCCACGGGAAGUCUUUACUGCCAUGCAUCUUUCGGCGUGCUUUGUCAUCCUGUCGCGCAACGUCGCAAUCAUGGAGCGCAUGUGUCUGAUGCCGAAUUCCACCUUGGCGCACGUGAUUGACUCCAUCCUCUGGAUUCUCGACUGCACCAGCGAGGAGACAAAGGCGCGCGCUGUCCUCUUCUUUGUCGAGGCUUUCUGCUGCCGCGCGGUUGUCGAGUACUUUGAUUCUCGCCAUGGGCUGCGGAUUCUCGUCAACCUCAUCGGAAUGCUCGAGCUUCAGCUCGACAGCCCCGAAUCCGAACAGCUGCUCGCGUUGAAUACCUGCUGCGCCCUGCGUCAGUACUUUCGCAUGCACCUCUCCAUCAAGGCGUAUGCUGUUCGUCGCAAGAUUGCUCUUGACCAAGUGCUCGGACUGGGCCCACCAGCCGGGCCGUCAACAGAGGCGCGCUUUGGCAGCCCCGCCGUCGCCAUUCCCACCGUUGGGGGUGGCACUGCCUCGCGGCCAGCCGAUGGUAGCACACACAGUGCUGCCUCCAUGCCCGCCACGCUCCUGCCCGCCUACAAGUCCACUGUCCUGGACGCAGCCACGACGGCACAGGACGCCGAGCUCGUCUCCAACAACCUCAAUCUCGCAUUCUCGACCCUCGUCGACUUGUGGGCACCCGUGGACGAGCUGCUGCGCAUGACGGCGAUCGAGCACUUUUACGAGUUGAUUGACAUGGGUGCCUCUUGGUUUGACAGCCAGGUGAUGGAAGCCAGUCUGGACAUCCUCCAAGUCUGUGCCGUGUUGCCUUCGUCGCACGUGCAACUCAUCGCGACCACCUUUGAUUCACAUGUUGAAGAAGCCACCAUCUCGGGCAUGGAACUGCUCUUGCUGACUGCCGAAGGCAAACGUGGCGAGGCCUCGAGCGCAGUCCGCAAGGCAGCCUUGAGCAUUCUUUGCUCGUGUGUGUGCCGCGCUUCGCUGACCCAGCGACAGAUGCAAUCAAUGUUUACGCUGAGUCCCCCCUUUGGUAUGCCACCGGCCCCAGGAAUUCCGCAACUGCAGCUGACCUUCACUGCUCCAAUCCCACCGGUGCAUUGCAUUCGGACAACGUACAGCUGCAUCCAGUCUUAUCGCAACAAUCCUCCGCCAAUGUUGACCUUGUACUCGCCGCCCGCGCCGUUGGAUUUGUUGCUUCAGAUUGUAUUCGACACCUUGCGAGGCAUGAGCGGCAUCAAGGUGCUCCUGAGUCUUUUGCGACUCGUGCCCCACACUCGGACCCCGCUUGCGGAUGCGGAUGUCAUUCGAGCGCUGGCUUGUCGAGCCCUUGUUGGUGUGGCGCGCGACGGGGAGAUUCUCCAGCUGCUCAGCAGACUGCAGCUCACCACCGAGCUGUCCGAAAUGAUGCGCGAGCCCGUCAACCCAGCCACCUCUGCUAUGGCCCACGCAUCCUUCCGUCAGCUGGCAGCAUCGCUUGUUGCAACGCUGACAGGCCGCAACGCGCUUGCUAUUCGCAACGAGGUUGCCAACAAUUCGCUGCAACAGCUCGACCGAGCCGCCAUCGUGGCCAGUACUGAAGUGUCUUAUUCGGAUGACGAGCUGAUGGUGCUCAUUUUCAAUCACCUGCAGUCGAAAGGACUCACUUCGAGUGCAGAAGCACUCCGACGAGAAGCUCGGCUGCAAACGGGGCCUGGCGCGCUCGGUCACGCGGGUGCCGAUGCUGGUCGAGCUGGAAUCCCCGCCAACGUGCGAAGCAACAGCAAUGCUGGCGGUGCAGUUGCAGCGGAUGCCAUGCUCUCGUUGGAGACCACUCCAUCAGUGUCACGCUCGGCGUCCUACAUUGCAGCCGGAGCGGGUGGCGAGCCCAGCUCCAUGUCGCUUGCUGUAAAUUCCCAUGCGGCCGCGACGUUCGGCAAAGUGUUUGCCGAAAUUUCUGGCACUUCUGUCAGCGAAUCCAUCAACAACUCGGCCGGUGCCCUCACCAACGCUCCUGCCGCCACACCCGUCUCCUUGCGGACGCCCCUCACCUUGCAACGAAUGACGCCAACGACGCGCCUCCGCUCCACUCCGCUGCACCUGUCGCAUGCGACCAAGCCUCUGGCUGUGACGGAUGCGCACGCGCCUUAUGCUACGACAACGGUCGUUGCAAGCCACUCGGCUGGCAGUGCCGCUUCGUCUUCUCUGGGGAGUGAUGGCACUGCUCCUGCGUCUCAUGUGCAUGUGCAUGGCGGCAGUGUUGCUUCGGGCCAGCCGUCAGCUCCAUCGCUUGACAUUAUCAUCAAGCAAUUCCUGCGUGAUCAGCACGAAAACUGCUCGCAUCCGAUUGCCGUCGCCCCGCCAUUCUCAUUGAUGACGCCACACCACUGCCCCGAGCCGACUCACAAGCACUACGCUCCCACAAAUAUGGCGACUCGCAUGCUUGCCCGGCAAAUUCAGCCUUCUGACGGUGGUCUGUACGGCCGCAAGCUGUCUCGCAAAUUCCUGUUCAGUCGGCUUCGCAAAGUCGAGACUUGCCGGCCGUUGCGCACCAUUCGCUCGCUCUGCUAUGCUGACGAUGGAGAGUCUGUCAUCUUGGGAGAUGAGUUUGGCGAGAUUUCGAUGCUAAACCUGCACACCAUGGAGGAGGCUGAGCAGUCGUUCGGCAAUUCAACGGGCGCCAUUCUCGCUCUGCGUCCGUCGAAGGAUUCGCGCUUGAUUUUAGCGAGUUCGCAGUAUGGUCCCGUGCGCUCGACCUUGUGGCGUCGUGAUCGACUCGGCGCAAACGAACACCAUUUAACCGUGGCAUUGGAAUUUGAGGACGAUUGGUUUGCUCAGUUCUCGGGCGACAACACUCAGAUUAUCGGCACAGAAGACAGUACUGCACGGAUUUACUCGGCGGAGACCGGACAGGUGAUUCUCACAUUGUCUGAUGCUGCUUCCAACCGCUACGAGAGGAAUGUUGCGUGUUUCAACGCGACAGACGACCUCGUGCUGCACGACGGAGUGCUGUGGGACGCUCGGCAGGCUCGGAAAAUCCACAAGUUUGACAAGUUCAACAACUAUGGCUUGAGUCGCUUCCAUCCCAAUGGCAACGAGAUUCUGAUCAACUCGGAGAUUUGGGAUGUGCGCACGUUCAAGCUGCUUCGUACUUGUCCGAUGCUCGAUCGGGCGAGCGUGAUCUUCAGCUCGACGUCGGACGUCAUUUUUGCCAUUGCUCAUUAUCAACCCUCGAUCAGCAUUGUGAAGCCUCGAACGCCGCGAAACACGCUUCACACGAUUGAUGCAACAGACUACUCGACAAUCUCCUCGCUGGAGCUUAGCUCGCCGAUUCUGGACAUUUCGCUGCAUCCGCAUGACACCAGUCUGAUUUUGAGCGAGAAAACGCCUUCGGGACCCGCUUUGUCGCUCUAUGAUAUUGGACGGCAUGCUGCCAGUGAUAGCGAUCGAGAAGAUGCCUCUGACAUGGAUGAGGACGAUCCUGAUAAUGAUGCAGAGAACUCGGAUGACGACGACGACGACGAUGAGGAGAACGGGUCUGAGACUGAGCUUGACGUCAGCUCGCUCGACUUGUCAGAUGCCCCGUUUGAUCUUGAGCUCUCUGGAUUUGAUUUUGACGACGCUCGUGACGACGACGAUGGUGAUGAGGAUGAUGGUGAUGAUCCUGACGACGACGACGACGACGACGAGAACGAUGCAACUCUGUUGGGCAUUGAUCAGGACGACCGAACGAGGUGGAAUAGACGCGGCGCCCGGUUUGGUGGUUUUGACGAGUCUGAUGCCAGCUCCGAGGCUGUGGUGGAUACAGAAAUGCCCUACUCUGACCACUCGGACGUUGAUCAUGAUCACGAUCUGGAGUCUGGUGAUUUCGACCAGGCCGCGGGAUUUGCGAGAGCUGUUGCGUCGAGUGACGAUGACAGCCACGAUGAACUGGGCCGCGCUCCUGGCGUGCGGCGACUGCCUGCUGGCCAGUCGCGCGAAAUUGCAUCCAAUUCGAGCGAAUGGGAAUCCGACACGGACGACCAGCAACUUGUAAGCUUCGGUCGUGGCUCGCGUCGUCAAUCGAAUGCCACAGUCCCCGUGCGUCGCACAUCGCAGUCAAGAUUGGGACGAAGAACGCGUUCGCGGAUGGUUGCGGCCAGUUCCGGAGGCCUGGUUGUCACACCCACCUCCCCGACGCGCAUCCCAGCAACGUCGUCCACUGCGGCUUCGGGUGAAUGGGAGGUCAACCCUGACAGAGUUAACGCUCCACAGUCGCCUGAGGCUCAACUCGACAUACCCAGUAGCCCGACGUCGAACGGCGGCACAUCCUCCGUCCCAGCAACACGGCGCUCACCUGCACAGGCCCGUCGCCAGCGCCGCAGCCAGGACCGUAUUGCUCGAGUUCGAAGCCAACGCGCGGCGGCAAAUCCAAGCAUCCCGCAAGAGUUCAUGUCAACUGUCGGCAACUGGACUGUCGUCCGCCAACACCCGGCAGCGACUCUCGUAUCUGCUGCUCCCGCUCAAGCCAGGCGUGAGUCUGCAGACGCUGGUGCAGAAAGUGGCUCGGUCCAGAGUGGUACAAGUGGCAACGAAUUGCCCUCGCUCGAUAUGGACUCGCCAGACUCCGACGUCUCUGAGCUUGAAUUCGAAACUGGGUCCAGCGACAGCUCUGGCAUGUUCCCGGAUGAUUGGGGUCGGCAUCGUGGAUCUAGAAGUCCCACCCGCUCUGGCAGCCAUCAUAAUAAUCAUAGUAAUACUAAUCGUAACGACGGCAACGACGACGACGACGACGACCAAGACGACGACAACAACGACGACGGCGACAAUGAGCACUCUGAUGUGGAAAGCUCGAGUCUCAAUCUCUGAUGGCUGCACAAUGAGAUCCUGGCUCUGUGGGCCAACCGAUGUGAUGUAAACUAUAAUGUAUUGUUAUUUAGCCA